UGUAUUAUCUAAGAGUUAAUUGUUUCAAGUGUCUUUAUAUCUUAACACAGAUAAAUCCAACCUAUAAAUAGUUAUUUUGGAAAUUAAUGAAAAAGUAUUUUCUUUCAAAUGUUAAUUACUCCAAUCAGGAUUUACGACUAUCUGUUGAGAAUAGGACAUCUGAAAUACAGUAAUGGCAAGAAAUAGAAAUAGAAACUGCAUUCGAGAUUUAGAGGACAUGCGUGUUGAUCUCAAACAGGUUUUUCAUUCCUCUUUGUUACGAUUUACAACAUCUCUUUCGAGCUACGCUGACGAACUUGAUGCUGCAUAUAAAAAUAUAAAGAUUUCCAAAGUUGCCGGACAAUCUGGAUGUGUGGCAGGGGGAGUGUUAGCUGUGAUCGGCUUUGGACUUUCUUUUGCAACGUUCGGAGCAUCUCUUGGACUCUGUAUAGCAGGAGGCAUUAUCGGGGGCGCAGGUGGGAUUGUUACUGGUGGAGCUGUUAUAGCUGACGUGGUAAAAUCAAAGGAAGCGAGCAAAAAGGCGGAAGCCCAGCUUGAAGAAUGUAAUACAGCCUUUAACGAAAUACUUAUGAAAUGUAAUAAUUUAUCAACACAGUUAGAAAAGUUUGGAGAUAUAGACAUAAUAUUCCCAAGCUGGAGCUCAUUCUGGUGUAGUCUGAUGUUGAGCAGUGGGAAAACCCUUUCUGGUUUGGGUUGGCAAAUGGUUGGGAGUACUGUUUUGAACGCUAUUAGACUUGGCAAAACCGUCGACAUUGCAUCUGAUGUAACAUCAACUGUUGGUCCCGUAUUCCGUACACUUGGAAACACAGCAAGGGGAUUUCAUAUUGCUGGUGGGGUCAUAAGUGCCGUCUUUCUUCCCAUUGAUAUAGGUUUUCUAGUUUCCGAUUCGAUAAAGCUACACAGAAACGAAGCUCACGCUGAAUCAGAGAAAAUACGAAAAGCUGUAGCGGCGUUACAGAAAAGAUGUCCUAGUGAAGAGGACAUUGAUGAAAUGAUUGAUGCAUGUAUAAAUCCUUUAAGACAACUGUGUUACUAAGAAAUGACUGAUGACUUUGAAUUUUGUAUAACCAUGUUUAAUAAAAUUUAUAAAUAGCUAUGGUUUAAGACGCAGCUACAAAAUGUAAUAACACAAUCCUAAAACAUUAGACUGACAAAAAACUGUUGUAACUGGUAACAUCUGGUGACUGGAAUUAUUGUUAUGAUUUUAAUCAUAUUUUGUUUAAAUACUGUUUUGAAUACAUUUAGUACGUUAUGCAUUUACUUAAUAUCAACAUGAAAAACGCAACAUUAAUUCAAGCAUACUCUUAUACUAGUAAAUAAUACAGAGUACAAAGUUAAUGUGAUAAACAAUUGAAACAAUACGCAUCAAUGAAAAAAGAACCCGUUGUGUUACAAAGCUUACACUAGAUUUGUAGAAGUUUGAAACAAUUUUUAUAGUAUGUUGGUUAGUUUAACUAUUCAUCUUCAGACGGAAUGCAGUAUUUCAGGGUAUUUUUUUUCAUUUUCAUUGUUUUCGAUUGAGAGAAAAGAUAUUUCUAAUCUGAAAAAAAAUCUGAAAGUUAUUGUAACCAUAAAAUGUGAUUUGGAUUGAAAACAUGCUUUUGUUUUGAAUUUUUAAAUGAUAAUAUGAGGAAUGAACUUACUAAAAUAUGAUUUACCUCUCAUUUUCUUUGGAUUAGAAAUUAGUAGCCAUGACACUAUUAGUGGCAUGAAUAGAAAAUAAAUUAAUUGUUUUAUGGUAAUUUAAUUGACAAUGAAUACUAUAUUGAACUUGUAGUUAUAUCCAUUUAUUUUCUAGGAACAAUUACAAUUUUUUACCUAUUUUACAACAGAGGUUAUGAGGUCAAUAUGUACAAAAGUGGUGUGAAUGUAUAGAAGACAUGUCUAAAUUGGAAUGUUAUAGAAUGUAUAAACAAUGUUGAGGUUUUGAAAAAUAUUUGGAAUGUGUUAAUAAAGAUACAUGUCGCGUUAGAAAUUGAGGUCGGUAGAUAUCAAGGUACGCAAUGAAAUGAACGAAUCUGUAAAGCUUGUAAUGCCAAUUUAAUUAAAUAUUAAUAUCACUAUUUGUUAACGUGUCCCGUAUAUUCAGAAAUAAGAAAAACUAAUAUUUAGGCAAUUGUUCAUGGCCCAGCAAUAAUAUUUUUCAAACAUUCUGUCAAAUAUUUGUAUGAAGCAUUUCAAAUAAGAAAAGGCUUUGUCGAUAUAGAACCUGCUUCUUAAAUUGCAUAAUAUUAAUACAGGUUACUGUAUGUUUCUGGCAAUUUAUAUAUGCUAUAUGAACUGUAAUAUUGUUGUCUUGACCAUAUUCUUCACUAUGUAAUUGUUAAAUUGGCCAAAGACAUGCUAUAAUGUUGAAAGUGUGAAAUGUACUUGUUCAUGUAUUAUAUAUUUUAUUUGUAUAACAUUCCUGUUAUAUUGUAAAUGGCCAAAGUCUUUAUUUUCAUUGGAUGUAUGUAUUUUGUGACCAAACACAUUUUGUACACUUAUUAUAUGAUACUUGUAAAUGACUUAAUCGUGUCAAUUCUGUUGACUUGCGAUAAGAGAUUUCAGCUGCUUAUUACUGUUUUGUAAUACUUGAACCAAAUGGCAUGCUAGACCAUUGGUGUCUAAUAAACUUACCAGUCUAAGGGAAACUAUGUGUAUCAAUGAAACUAAAUGGUUAAAGGCUACAAGCAGAAAAGAUAAAAUUGAUCUUAUUUGAAUAUUUUUAUUGCAAGUCGCACGAUGUUUAAUCUUGAGGUUUAAAACGCUAAGCCCCUGUAUUGGUAUUCCUUACAAAACGAGCUUUUAUAUAAUGUAGAGUGCAUUGCAAAGGACUUUUGAAGUCUUUUGACAGGAUUGAUAUGAAAGACUCUAAAUAAAGACGAAAGACGAAAACCAAUGGAGGUUGUUUUAAAAAUGGUUUUUGCUCUAACAGUGUAUGUGAUGUUUUAGGUAAAUGGAAAUUAGAUUUUAUGUCAUUAUCUGUAAAUGGUGAUAAUGGUAAUGUUUUUUGAGAUGUCACAUGAUAUAAAUUUUAGUUAUUGUACUUUAUUAUUUAACAAUAGAAUAUAAAAUAUGGAGGUCAAGAAAGUUGUUGAGAGCGCAAAACUUUGAAAUGCUAGUGGGGUUGAUAGUAUUGAUGCAGAAGUUUAAAAAAAAGAUAGGUCUAUUCAGUUUCUUGAUAAUUUUGUUCAAUAUAUGCUUUGAUAAGGGUAUUGCAUCAUCUACAUUAGGAAAAUGUGUAGUGAAUCCUAUUCCCAGAUAUUCUACUUCUGAUUCAAGAAAUCCGCUCUCAUACAUAGGUAUACCAUUAUCUUGCAAAAUAUAAAGGUGUUCUAUCAGUUAAGAAGUAUGACUUACUGUCUGGUGAGUUAUGGGUCUGCUGUGUGUGGAAGGCAAUCAUUCUCGUGGUGAAAGUAUAGUACAGAUUGGGCUUCAUGUGUUACUUCACAAUUACACAUAUGAGGAUAUACGGAAUAAAUUGUUAAGCAGGGCUAUUUUUCCUGUUCACAAUUUUAAUGAUUUAAUGACGAUGCUAAACUGAAAGUUUUGUUUACAAGUAAGUCAUUGGUUACAACAUGUGCCAAAACCUGCUUCAAAAUUUUAAAAUAGAAGAUAAUUAUAUUUGUGUAAAUAACUAAUGAUUUUUUCUCCCCCUUUCAUAGUGACAGUAAAGUUUAUCAGUUACAUUUAAUUGUAGAACAUCAACAAGAUAGCUAUUUUCAUUAAUUUGUGACAUCUAAUAUGAGUUUUCCUGUUUUAUGUUUGUGAAUAAUGUGUGCAUAGUGUAUAUAUCAGUCCCUUGUUAUUCUCAUAUAGAAACUGGCUAUAGGUAUUAUGUUUAUGUAUAGAUACGUGUGUAAUUUCAGGGAGAUACAUCUGCAGUACAUAUACAUCGUAAGUUUCUGUAAUAUGGGCUGUGGAGUUAUCUCCCUGUAAUAGUGUUUGCUUGUUCUUUUCUUAGUUUUGUGCCCCCACUUAAGGGGGGGGGGCUUUUAGAUUAAUUAUUGUCCGUCCGUCCGUCCAUCCGUUCUCAUUUAGUGUCGCACGUAGCUCAAAAAGUAUUUAACCUAGAGUCAUGAAACUUUACAUGACUGUUAACCAGCAUGUGUAGUUGUGCACCUGUGUAUUUUCGUGUGAAUUUAUUUACUAUUGUUUUAGUUACUUCCUUUGACUUAGUAAAAAUUUGCCAUUUUCAACUUGUGUCGCACGUAGCUCAAAUAGUAUUUAACCUAGAGUCAUGAAACUUUACAGGAAUGUUGAUCAGCAUGUGUAAUUGUCAACCUUGGUAUUUUCGUGUGGAUAUAUGUAGCAUUUUUAGAGUUAUUGCCCUUGACUUAGUAAAAAAUUACAAUUUUCAACUUGAGUCGCAUGUAACUAAAAUAUUUUUGACCUAGAGUCAUGAAACUUUAUAGAAAUGUUGAUCAGCAUGUGAAUGUGUGCACCUGGGGAUUCGCUUGUGGAUUUAUUCUGUUUUGUCAGAGUUAUUGCCCUUGACUUAGUAAAAAAAUUCAAUUUUCAACUUAUGUCACACGUAGCUCAAAAAGUAUUUGACAUAGGGUAAUGAAAUUUACAGGAAUGUUGAUCAGCAUGUGAAGUUGUGCAACUGGGGUUUCCCUUGUGAAUUUAUAUGUUUUGCUAGAAUUAUUGCCCUUGACUCAGUUUAAAUUUGCAAUUUUCAAUUUGUGUCGUGCGUAGCUCAAAAUGUAUUUUACCUAGAGUUAUGAAACUUAACAGGAAUGUUGGACAGCAUGUGUAGUGUGCACCUUGGGUUUCGUUUGUGGAUUAAUCCAGUAUUUGUUAAGUUCUUGCCCUUUAUUUAGUAAAAUAACUUUAGUUUUCAACUUGUGGUACAUGAAGUCCAAAAAAUGCUUGGCCUAGAGUCAUAAGAUUGACAAAACAGUGGAGUGGGGGUACCCGUGUCAUAUGGACACAUUUCUUGUUUCUUCUUGGUCUCUCUAAAUUCUAUACAGAAUGGCUAUUUUUGUGUGUGUUUUUAUCUGUUGUAAAUAUAAACAUGUAUAGAUGAGACCGUAAUAAUUGAAAUAAAUAAAUAAAUAAAAUGCUUCGUGAAAUGAUUGUUUGUGCUCUAUGUGUUCUAAGUGUGCAUUAAGUUUUAACAUCUGAUAUAUGAUGUAUGAGGAAACAAAGUUUAACAUAUUAAGAGCAAAAAUCUGGUCAUGAAAUGACUGCAUAAUGAUAUGGUGUGGUAUAUUUUUUAGAAGUUCUUAACAAAUAUUUGUGACUGAACCUUAUUGGAAUAGAUCGCAUUCGGGUGCAAUUGCCAAAUUUAGAAAUGGGCCAGCACCAGAUAAUGUUGAAAUACGGCGAUAAAAUAACAUUCCAGAUGAACGAUGACAUUCUGUGUAUUGCAAAAAUAUCGCCAUUGAUAUAGCAGUAGUUAAGAAACAUGUCAUACUUGAAAUGUUCAUUGUAUUAUGAAAAUAAACAUAAACUGGGCAGCAAAGCCGAAUGUAUAUUUCUCAGCUCAUGUGUGUAUGUAAGUUGAAAUGUUUAUAUAUGUAUAUAAGUUACCAUUUGAUAAUUUCAUGUGCGUACACGCGCGCGUGCGUGCGUGUGUGUGCGUCAAUGGCCGGUGGGAUGAAAUAGCUGAGAGAAGAUGAUGUUUUCAUUUAACAUGUCUCCCAGUAUGAUUUAUUUGCUAGAUUUUAUAAUGAAUUGUAAUUAAAUGACUGUGUAUUUAGUAUCAAUAAUGUUAUUUUAUGGUAUCUUAAAUAAAAACGAAAUUUCAU